GCAGUCGCGGAAGCCGCCUGCAGGAUGCGACCUGCGAGGAAAGACCUGCGUCGUACAACCGGUCUGGAGGAGGUGGACGAGAUGCACCGACAUUCGGUCCAGUAACACCAGUUCGUCUGUGGUCCCGGUGCAACCGGAUCGGUGGAAAAAUCUUCUCUUUUUAUUUAACAUUUAUUUUCCGAGGUAUGGGAGCGCUGCAGUCUUUACCGGGCGAACCAGAGUACGUUGAUCUGGCGAAAAAGACCGGUUUUUCAUUCGAGCAGAUUGGAAUCCUCCAUAAAAGAUUCAAGCAGUUGAGCCACAAUGAAGACACUCUGGUGAGAGAACACUUCCGCAAAAUCCCAGAUCUGGAGAGCAAUCCCAUCCGUUCUCAAAUCAUAGAGGCCUUCUUUGACCGAAGGAACUUUCGGCAGAACGGCGAGGGCACCGUGGAGGCCAUCGGCUUCGAGGAGUUUCUUGUUAUCAUGUCCCACUUCAGGCCCCCGUCCCUGCACGUCACAGAGGAGCAGCGCGAGGCCGUCCGCAGGGACAAACUGAGAUUUCUAUUCAACAUGCAUGACACGGACAACGAUGGGACGAUAACCCUGGAGGAAUACCGACACGUUGUGGAGGAGCUGCUCUCUCUCAGCGAGGCACUGGAGAAGGACACAGCCAAAAGCAUAGCGGAUGCUGCUAUGCUAGAAGUGGCGAGUAUCUCAAUGGGUCAUAUGGAACCCGACGAGUUCUAUGAGGGAAUCACAUUCGAGCAUUUCCUCAAGUUGCUGAAUGGCUUUGAGAUUGAAUCAAGAAUGAACAUUCGCUUUCUGAACAUGGACACAACAACCUUGUGUAAGUGAGGCCGGUACACUAAACUAUGCAGUGACUCUGGAGAACUCUGAAGAAGCAUGAUUAGGGUUUCACUGUCUGUUAUUUACAGUUUGUCGCUUGCACUAAAUAAUAUGCCUUACUUAUGUUUUAAUAUCUAUGCAAAUGGAAUGAUCCGUACUGCAGUAGCUUAUUUGAUCAGUAGCAAUAAUACGAGAUAACAACCAGUCAAUGGACAAUUAUUACAGAUUAAAGGUUUAUCCUGUAUUAUGUCUAGAUGGCUGCCCUAAUAGCAAUACAAUCGUUUGAGAUGCCUUUUAGUCAUUAUAGAAAUGACAAUUGGUGCAUGCUCUGCACACUACAUUUGCACAAUGGAACAGCAUGUAUCAGCUCUUAUUUUAGUCAACAGUGUCUGUUUCUGAAGAAAGGAAAUGGGUGGGUUGCCUUGCAAGAUGAAAUGUGUAAAAGAUAGAUCUUAUCAGUCUUUCUGAAGAAGGACUGAUAAGAUACUUCUUCAAAAGGCGUGAUGACGUCAAACAGUCGGUCCUUCUUGCACUGUCACAAUCACCCAAACUUAAAGCUUUUCAUCCACACCUGUUUAUUCAGCUGAAUGUAUACUUACACUUUCUUUUUCAACAUUUGCUGUGAGUUGCACUGUCCAGAGUUUCCAAAGAGACCUGUCAGCACCUGUGACGCACUUCAUUCUUCUAUGUGUUCAGUGAUGGAUGUGUGCUGCCCUCCACAGGUGAAACGAUGUAAGACAUGCAAAAGAAUCUGCAUCUGAUUCCUGAUAGUCCUACUUCAUUUCUAUAGUAGCUAUUAAUGCUGUGCUUUUACACAUGGUACAUGCUCGGCUGUUGUUUUGCAGGUGCACAUACAUUGGAAGAUCAGAUGUGUUGCUUUCACGGUCCUUGUCAGUAUAUCGUUUGGGCUUUUACUUUAUGAAGCUGUCCAUAUUUUGAAAUAAAAUACAAUAUAUUUAAUGGUU